UAUUGUAAUAACAUACUUCAUAAACAAUCGUUCAUUUCUUUCAUUCACAAUCACUCCAUCUAAAUAAAUUAAAUUGAAGUACUGCAAUCAUGGCCAGGGGACGUUUUAUCCUAUUGGAAGGAUGCGAUCGCGCAGGGAAAUCAACCCAAUGUGCCAUGCUGGUGGCAGCAUUGAAAGAGCGUGGCCAUUCCGUAGAAUUAUGCAAGUUUCCAGAUAGAACAACUACCAUUGGGAAAAUGAUUCAUGCAUAUCUAACAAAUACGGAGGAAUUGGAUGACAGGGCUAUUCACCUCCUCUUUUCUGCAAAUCGCUGGGAAGCAAUGCAAACAAUCAAGCGCAAACUUUUGGCUGGCACUCAUCUUGUUGUAGAUCGAUAUGCAUACUCUGGAGUUGCAUUUUCUGCAGCAAAGGGCCUUGAUUUGACAUGGUGCAAGGAUCCAGACCGUGGCCUCAUUCGCCCUGAUAUUACAUUCUUCCUUGAUCUCCCUUCGUCUGACGCUGAGAAACGAGGGGGUUUUGGAGAAGAACGAUAUGAGAAACGUGAGUUCCAAGAAAGAGUCCGAGACGUUUUCCUACAGCUCCGGAGCAAAGAGUGGGUGAUGAUCGACGCACGCAAAUCGGUCGAGGCAAUGCACUAUGAGAUCCUGCGUGAUACUGAGAAUAAGGUUCGAGUUGCGGAGGCAGAUGCUCAGCUGGAAGAAGAGGAUGAUGUCCUACCAGAAGACAUGUUCCAAGAUAGCUAAUAUCAUUUAUUCCCUUGAAUAACUCUUAAAUUAAUACAAUCAAUAAAGCCGUCACCUUCAGGUAC